UGUCCGUGAUGGAAAGUCAUUGGCAGAAGUGAGCAGUGUCCAGUGAUAAACCGAAUGUCAAUUAGGGAAGAACUGCCACCGGUGUGCAGCGACGUCCAGGUGCGCAAGAGUCGUGCCAUUUUGCUUGUUGAGAAGAUUAAGAUGGAGUGGCGCCAGCAGACCAGUGUCAGCUGUGCGGACGCGUUCAGCGAGGCUCAGCGCUGGAUUGAGGAAGUGACUGGAAAAUCAUUCGGUUCAGAAAACUUCCGCGCCGCCUUAGAGAAUGGGGUCCUGCUUUGUGACCUAAUCAACCAGUUGAAACCUGGCAUCAUCAAGAGAGUGAACAGACUUUCUACUCCCAUCGCCGGCCUGGAUAAUGUCAGUCUUUUCUUGAAAGCCUGUGGGAAACUGGGACUGAAUGACUCACAGCUGUUUCAUCCGGGAGACCUGCAGGACCUGUCUACUCGCGUCACACUCCGGCGAGAUGAAGGCACCAGACGACUCAAAAAUGUUCUGAUUACAAUCUACUGGUUGGGUCGUAAGGCUCACUUGGAUGCAUUCUACAGUGGCCCCCAGCUUAAUUUCAAGGCCUUCGAGGGGCUGCUAGGUUUGGCCUUGUCCAAGGCUCUGGAUGAGGGAAGCAAUGUGAAAGACGGUGGAUACAAAGAGAGUCAGUACCCAGAGAGGGAGGAAUGCCACAGCAUGAGGUCGAGCUAUAAGAGAGGGAAGUCUGUGGACAGCAUUGACUUUCUGGACUCCAGGGCUCUGCGAUCAAACAGGGAAGGUCUUGGAAGUGACGCAGAAGCUGAGCAGGUGUUUAAAAUGGAGAACAUGCAGCCCUCAGCCCACCAAAACAAAGGCUAUAUCCCACCACCGAUGCUUCGAAGAAAGCAAGGACGGGAGGAGACUGGAAAGGGCUGCGAGAGUCCACUCCCCAGAACGUAUCAAAUCCAGGUCAGGCCACAAAGACCAGUUCAGGUUAACCCUGGCUGGAUAUGGAGCAAAUCCCUCAGUGACAUCCCGAUGGUAUACCCUGUGCGCAAAGAUCCUGGUGGAGACACCAUUUAUGACGAAGGCCAGGACAAUAGGAAGCAUAGCGUUGCUGCUAAGGACAGUGAAGCUCAGUGGCAGGAUGAUUUCACAAAGUGGAAGAAUCGUCGCAGGAGCACAAACUGGGACCUUCGCAGGAAAUCGCAAGACCGAGAACACGUCAUAAACCAAAUGGCCAACGGAGCUGUGAAGAAUGCAGGCGAACUGAUUAAGAGAGAUCAGCAGUCACCAUGGAAGCAUAAACAAGCCCCUCGUCCUUACUCCACCUCUUCUCCAUCAAAAUCAUCGAGCUCUGAUCUGCAACCACACACUCGAGCUCUGCUGGCCCGCAGCUACGCCAUUGAAUCACCUUUCAGCCCCCAUAACUCUGCACAUACAGGGGGAUCAUCAGUUGGAGCAAUGCCUGCCUCUGAUGGCAACAUCUUGGGAGAGGAGACCUACUUUGCCUCAGUGGCUUCAGAUGGAGCUGGAGUUGCCACACCCUCUCUGGACCAGCCUUUCAGCUCUCAGACCCAGGUCAAAUCCCAGGACAGCCCUCAAAUUUUCCAGUCCACGUUGGAAGUAACCCGGCCAGAAAAUGUCUUUACAAGUCAAAUCUCCACUCUUGUCACGCAGCCAAAUGGCUCUGUGGAGUCAACCAGCAACAGGGAUCCCACUUCAUUCACGUCAAGUUAUGAGAAACCUUCAUUCUGCAUUGACCCUGAUGCAGUUAAUCAGGUUGGAGUUGAUGCUUUGGAGGACUUGUCAUACCAGAACCACAAGUCUAAUCAAGAAAGCCAAAAGUCAUCUUGGGAACCAGCAGUGGAUCAAGGUAGAGCCCAGCAGGGUGCAGGCGUCUACAAGUACCUGUCCAGAGCUGGAACAUGGUCCGGCUCGGCCAGCCUUCCCAGAGGUUUCCGUCGGUCUGAGGGUUCAACUCGUUUGUCUUCUGCAAUCACAGCCAGACCGUUUGGGACAAAGCAGUCCAGAAUGUCCUCACUACCAAGACUGUGCAGCGUAGAUGACAAUCAGGGUGUGCUGCUCAACAGUGAGAAGGAGGAUUCUCUUUCACCCACCAAGUCAUCGCUCACACGACAGACUGCGACCACCCAUCUGAAGGGUCAGAACCAGGCGUCAGUCACACUGGAGAAAGUCAGCCAGGCGAAGCAGAACGCCACCGAACAGGGGAAGGAGGUGAACAGUGCCAGCCUUCCCAGCCGGGCCUACUUUCACAACAAUGGAUGCUCCCAUCUGCCCUCCACUCAGAUUCUGCCCCAGCCGUAUUCAAACCUGCACACUUCUCACCGCAAUAAAAAUGCAACACCACCGUCUAAUACAACCCCUGACUCCCCAAAGGUGGAUCACAGUGACAUGAGAGUGAGCCUCGCUCUUAAACCCAACAGCGUACCAGACUUUGGUUUCCAUACGCACUGGGACUCCACGGGAGUGAGGGUGAAACUCAUUCAACCUGGAAGUCCAGCGGAGCUCUGCCGGCUGCGUGUGGACGAUGAGAUUGUGGCAGUUGAUGGAGUUCCGGUGACACAGUUGAGUUACAACCAGUGGAAAGAUAAAAUGACGUCUGCUCUGAAAACCGGCAGUCUGACCAUGGACGUUCGACGCUAUGGCAACAAGGAUUGGAGCACCAGCGAUGGGAGUCAUCACAGCCUGCCAGGCCAGAGCAGGGUGACCCUCAAUCUGACUGCUGCAGCACCUGUUUUAAUAGGUAGCACUGAUCACCAUGUCAACGGUGUUGCCUCCACAGAAACGGCGGUCAAAGAAGUGUCCAAAUUCUGUGGGCAGUCAGACAAUGUAAUACAGGGUAAAGUCUUGGGUGGAGUGCUUUCUGACAACCUCAGGACAGCCACAAGUAAAGGAGGCUCAGAAUCUGCAAUAUCAGAUCUGCAGGUGCCAUCCCUCAACCGCUCCACAUCCAGCUGGUCGUGGGACCAGGAGGAGGAUCGCAGGCGUCAGGAGAAGUGGCAGGAAGAACAGGAGCGCCUCCUACAGGAACAAUACCAGCGAGAUCAGGAGAGGCUGGAGGCAGAGUGGCGGAAGGCCCAGCAGGAUAUAAUGGGAGUCUUGAAGUCAGGGCAGAACACCUUCGAAAUGAACACCACUGGUGACGGUCUUGCCAGUACUCCGCUCCAUGUGAAUGGACUGGCAAACAAAUCCAAAGAAGAGUCAAACCCUGACAGAGGAGAGCUGAAAAAUGCAGGAAGAAAACUUGAAAGUAAUGUGCAAGGACUUCAGAAUAACAAGAUGGCUGAAAAAGACUGGGCUGAUGGCUCCUGUGGCUUUGCUCAGUUGUCCCCUGCACACAGGGCAAAGUCCUUGUCCACCCCAGUAUUAACAGCCUCCCAGAAACAGACAAAAGAGGAUCAGAUGAAAAGAAAAGGACAAUCUGUGUCUAAGGCCGAGCAGGAGCGGCAGCAGAUUUUGCAGGAGAUGAAAAAAAGGACUCAGCUUCUGACCGACAACAGCUGGAUACGUCAGCGCAGCAGCAGCUUCUACAAGGAACCUAUCUUUGUUGGGGUUCCUAUGAAGAGGUACGACUCUCUGGACAACCUGGAUACUUUGCGUCAGUCCCCAAUCUCAUCUGCUAUGAUCUCAAGCUACCCUCGUCCGCACUCAGCUGCUGCAGGUUUCUGCGCUCCGAGUAGGAACUCCUGCUCCCGCUACAGCACUGGAGCAAUAUUGUCCCAAAGAAAUGCAUCCAUGGACUUGUCUCCUAAUGGCUGGAUGGUCAGUGGCAGGAGGACUUGCUGUGUGUGUGAGCGUGUCCUGGGUAGUGGGGCAGCCAUGGUCGUAGAGGCCCUUAGUCUCUGCUUCCACCUCGCCUGUUUCCAGUGUGUGGGUUGCCGUCGACAUCUCGGAGGAACAGAGAGUGGCGUCAAGGUUCGAGUCCGAAACAGAAAGCCCUACUGUGAGCACUGCUAUUUCCAACUCAAGUACACUGGUGCCCUCCCCAUGUGACCAACUUGCUGUUCUCCAGAUUGAAGAGUAAAUGGAUGAUUUAAUCCGUGCUGCCAAUCUGACUUGUUUCCUAAUCAUUGCUGAAACAUAAAUCUCGACAACCUUUGAAUCCACAAGCAAGUUUGAUUCUUAACUGUUUUUAUCAAUUAGACGAUACCUAGUUUGACUGUCUUUUUUUCCUGCUAAUUUAUUUCUGUGGAAAUGUAGAUUUAAUAAAGUAAUGAUGGAAAUUAUUGUUUUCAUUUUAAUUUUAAUGUUGCUGUUUAUGGCAUCUGCAUGCUGUCGUUAUUCUUUACCCAAUAGUGCAAUCAACAUAUCAAAUAUUUCUUGAGAUGUAGCUUGUGUAUGGAAGCACAUUUACUGAAGCACUUUCAGUCCUAUUGUAAAGUCAACUCAUGCACUUUGGGUUAAAUCACUGGUAUACAUACUGGUAUACAUAUAUAAUAUGCAUGCAAUUGUCACAUGAAAAUCAGCAUCUUAACUGAAAUGUCUUUUUGUAAAUAAAGUACACUGAACAUAAUCAAGAA